UGAUUUUGCUGAAGAGCCUCGCUGAAUCAUCAUUUAUCGUGUCUGAAUUUGGAAACUUAUCCGUGCGAUAUCUUGAAUCAGGCUGUUGCCCAUUAAUUCUGUUUGUCAUACCGUCCAACCCAUGUGAGAGUUUCAAACUAAACACUAGGUGCGCCCAAAUGCCACUCGAGUGUCAAUUUCGCAUGUGUUUCAUUAAGUCCAGAUGGGCAUGGUUGACCCCAAAUCUUUCUUGAUCAGGGAUGAUGGGUUUGAUAGAGACAGACGUGUUAUGUUGAUGUCAGUAUCUGAGUUUCAUUUGACAUUGAAUGAUUCGACUGGAAUAGGUAGGACGAGGAAUGAACACGGCCGAAGUGAAAAUUGGGGUGCGAGUCACAGAGUUAAGAACGGAGAACCCAUAGACAAAGCGGCGACAAAGUGGUGCGUGAGUCAAGGUUAAAGUGGUGCCGUUUAGAAUUAUCCAACCGGAACCGAAAAAGCUGCUAUAGAUCAAGUGGAUAAUGAGGAACGCGAAGACUUGGAGAGGGAAAAUUAUAAGAAGUCAGAGUUAAGAACCUAACCAGGGGAAUACGCGAGCAAAGCAUUACAAAGAACUGGAAAAUCUUCAAGCGGAAAGCAAUAAGAAUGUUUGGAUCUUGAGGACCGUAUGAAUAGUGUUCACAAUGUGGGUAAGUUUAGAAUGAUUUGCUCAUAAAGAUGGGGUUAGAACUUAAAAGAGGACAUUUCCAAAUGAUGGUAAAGAUCACAUUCUCCAUUUUCAUCAUCAUCCCCAAAAUUGGUUUGUCAUUCGCAGCUGAUUUUUUGGGCAUGAACAGUUCCAUCAGUCAUGGAGAAACAUUGGUUUCUUCAGACCAAACUUUUGAGCUAGGAUUCUUUACUCUUGGCAACUCUAAUAUGAGUUACUUGGGUAUAUGGUACAAGUUUAGUCCUGACACAGUUGUGUGGGUUGCUAAUAGAAACAACCCGCUGGCGGAUCAUAAAGGUGUUCUCACAUUCAACAAUGCCGGCAAUCUAGUUAUUCUCAACCGGUUGAAUGGUGUGGUUUGGUCUUCAAAGUCAUCCAGGAUCCUCCAAAAUCCAAUUGCGCAGCUCUUGGAUUCGGGAAAUCUUGUUCUUUGGGAUGACUUCGUUUUGAGUUCUGAUGAAACCUAUUCGUGGCAAAGCUUUGAUUACCCGUCCGACACGCUUUUAGCAGGCAUGAAGCUGUUGUUGAACCCAAAAACGGGUCUUGAACGAUGUCUCACUGCAUGGAAAAGCAUGGACGACCCUUCUCCGGGAGAUUAUGUCCAUAGGUUAAACUACAAUCAGGGUCUACCUCAGUUUGAAACAGUCCAACUGAAUGUGCAUAGAAAAAUAUUUCGAACAGGGCAAUGGAAUGGAGUCACAUUUGUCGGCAUUCCCAAUUUGUCAAGUCCAGCUGGAGUGCCCCUGUUUGUGCAGAGUGAAACUGAGAUCUCCUUCAUGUUUGAGGUUCAUGACAAACAACUUUUCUCGAGAAUAAAAUUAAACUCUCUGGGAGUGCUGCAACUGCUUGUGAAUAGAUCGAGAACAGCCACAUUGAAUGUCAAGCUCGAGUUUCCUAGUGAUCCGUGCGAUUUCUAUGGAAGGUGUGGUGCUAAUGCCAUCUGUCGCUGUAGCUUGUGUGAAUGUGUGAAAGGGUUCAUGCCUAAGUCACCUGACAAAUGGGCGGUCGGUGAUUUUUCCAGUGGAUGCCAUAGGACAAUACCCACGAAUUGUUCCAAAGGAGAAGGGUUCUGGAAAAUUGAAGUAGUUAAGCUGCCCGACCUGUUGGAGGUAACGCUAGAUAGGAGAAUGAACCUCAAGGAAUGCAAGGACGUGUGCUCGAAGAAUUGUUCGUGCGUGGCUUAUGCUAAUUCAGAUGUCAGGGGAGGAGGUAGUGGCUGCCUCAUGUGGUUCGGGGACUUGAUUGACAUGAAAGCGCUCGAAGGAUGGAACCGCGUGCAAAGUCUAUACGUACGCCUAUCAGCAUCCGAACUAGGUAUUCAUACUAAUGCUAAUUGA